AUGCUUGGAAGCUACAGAGAAGUUAUGUGGCCAAGACUUGUGGCCAACAAGAUCCUAAGGAAAAGGGUUGGGAGCAACAACUUCGUUGCCGAUUUUCCACCAGAUGUUGAUCAGAAGCUUCUAGAAACAUCUGGAUUAAUUGAUGAACGACCUUCUUUCAACUCUAAAUCCAUCUUGUUCGAUCAACACAAAACCAUUCAUCUCAACUACAAGGUCUUUGUAAGCACAUGGAACGUUGGUGGCAUCGUGCCGGACGAUGGAUUGGACAUGGAUGAUCUCUUGGAAACGCAUAAAACCCCGUGCGAUAUAUAUGUGCUCGGGUUUCAAGAAAUUGUGCCUCUUCGAGCGUCGAAUGUUUUGGGAUCAGAAAACAACAAGGUCUCUACGAAAUGGAACUCUUUGAUAAGAGAGACUUUGAACAAGAGAGUGGUAACUCGUGACGAUAGGGACGACGGUAUUAAUGGUAUUUCACAAGAUUUCAGGUGUAUCGUAAGUAAGCAGAUGGUCGGAAUCCUGAUCACCGUUUGGGUCCGCGGUGAACUCCGGCCGCACAUCCGUCAUCCUAGCGUCUCCUGCGUUGGAUGUGGCGUUAUGGGUUGCUUAGGAAACAAGGGAUCGGUAUCAGUAAGAUUUCGGUUGCACGAGACGAGCUUGUGCUUUGUGUGCUGCCAUCUAGCUUCCGGUGGCCGCGAUCGAGAUGAAAGGCAUAGAAAUUCCGAUGUCACUGAGAUUUUUGGGCGAUCAAGUUUUCCAAGAGGCACAUCUUUAGAUGAUUUGCCCAAAAAAAUACUUGAUCACGAGUAA